AUCAUUUUGGCUUCCUUUCGUGCUAUCGCCUAUUCGCCUCCGCCGCCCUUCUGGCCACGUCAUCUUAUUAAAGGGCCCAUUUUUCUAACUUCGUUCUAGGCCACUAAAUUGACACGACAGGGCCGGGUUAGUUGUACAUAUGUAUGAUGCAUCAUUUUACAAAUAUGUGAUCCUGUUUAACAUGGGAAAUACUAAUGUAUGUUCAGGUGUACGCAUGGAUCCUAAUGCGAAUCUGACGUCUCUCCACUUGAGUGCUAUUGCACCCGGGUGCAGAAAAAUACUUUCCACCUUAAUCAACCAGGUUAUAUACGCACGAUGCGUACAAGAAUGCAGGGCACUGGGAACACACUAACUAGCUUGCACUUGUGUUACUUAGCUAGUAUAAUUAAUUAAGCUCACUCGAUCGCCAUGGACCAAGAAAUCCAACUGAACCAGAGACCAUCGCAGCGAGAGCAACAACAAGAAGAGCAUGGCGCCACCGCGGCGAUGCCGCCACAAGAUGAUGAACGGCAAGAUCACCAAGCAGCUGCCGCCGUGCAUGGCCAGGGCGGCGGCGGCGGCGCGACUGCCGAGCGCCACCACCGGAGCAAGCUAACGCUGCUGCCGCUGGUCUUCCUCAUCUACUUCGAGGUGGCCGGCGGCCCGUACGGCGCCGAGCGGGCGGUCCGCGCGGCGGGCCCGCUGUUCGCGCUGCUCGGCUUCCUCGCCUUCCCCUUCGCGUGGGGCGUCCCGGUGUCGCUCGUCACCGCCGAGCUCGCCGCCGCGCUCCCGGGGAACGGCGGAUUCGUCGUCUGGGCCGACCGCGCGUUCGGCCCGCUCGCCGGCUCCCUGCUCGGCACGUGGAAGUACCUCAGCUGCGUCAUCAACCUCGCCGCGUUCCCGGCCCUCGUCGCCGACUACCUCGGCCGCGUCGCACCGGCCGUCGCCGUCCCGGGCAGCAGGGCGCGCACGGGCACGGUGCUCGGCAUGACCGUCUUCCUCUCCUUCCUCAACCUGACCGGCCUCAGCAUUGUGGGGUGGGGCGCCGUCGCCCUGGGGUUCGUGUCGCUGGCGCCGUUCGUGCUGAUGACGGCGAUGGCGGCGCCGAGGACGCGGCCGCGGCGGUGGGCGGCGCGGGUGAAGGGGAGGAAGAGAGACUGGAGGCUCUUCUUCAACACGCUCUUCUGGAACCUCAACUACUGGGACAGCGCGAGCACCAUGGCCGGCGAGGUGGAGCGGCCGGAGCGGACGUUCCCGCGGGCGCUCGCGGUGGCGGUGGUGCUCAUCGCCGUCAGCUACCUGCUGCCGCUCAUGGCGGCGAUCGGCGCCACGGACGCGCCGCCGGAGACGUGGGAGAACGGCUACUUGGCCGACGCAGCAGGCAUCAUCGGCGGGCGGUGGCUCAAGUACUGGACGGAGGCCGGCGCGGUGCUCUCCUCCGUCGGGUUGUUCGAAGCGCAGCUGAGCAGCGGCGCGUUCCAGCUCCUCGGCAUGGCGGAGCUGGGCCUCCUCCCCUCCGUCUUCGCCCGCCGCGGCCCCGGACGAUCCGCCACCCCGUGGGUCGCCGUCGCCGCCUCCGCCGCCGUCUCGGUCGCCGUCUCCUUCCUCGGCUUCGACGACGUCGUCGCCACCGCCAACCUGCUCUACAGCCUCGGCACGCUGCUCGAGUUCGCCGCCUUCCUCUGGCUCCGCUGCCGCGGGAGGCACGCUGCGGCGCUCAAGCGCCCCUACCGUGUCCCGCUCCCGCUCCCGGCGCUCGCCGCCAUGUGCCUCGUGCCGUCGGCGUUCCUGGCGUACGUGAUCGCCGUCGCCGGGUGGAGGGUCUCCGCCAUCGCCGCUGGGCUCACCGCCCUUGGCGUGGGAUGGCACGGCGUCAUGAGGGUGUGCAGGUCCAAGAAGUGGCUCGGGUUUAACACCGUCGUUGCUGCCGGCCCUCAUCUGCAACUACAAGAUGAUCCUCCUGCGGCGGACAGAGUCUGAACUCUGAACCCAUUUUUGGCACAGUUCAUCUUGCAAAACAUGAAAAAUGGAAGAAAAUGGUAGUGUUUCACUUGUAUAUGGCAUGUACCCGUGUUUUGCUUAGCCGAUCCUCCCGAUAUUUCUUGCUGUAAGUGGAUAAUGGAAGGAUUACGCUUAUAUAUGUACUCCACAUUUCUAUCAAUCUAAUCAUUCUGUUGAGUCAUUCAA